AUGGCGCGGCCCAAAUCCGUGUUGACAAUGCACAAGACUACGGUUGCCCUCGAACACCUGAAGCAGUAUAAUGAUGCGGACCUCAUUUUGGCCUUAUUGAUCCAAUGCAUAUAUAAUUGCACAUAUAAAGAUCGUGCGAUGACAUGGGAGCAAAAUAUUUUUGGCCUCAAUCGAGUCAUUAUGAAGUAUCACUACUCUAAAAUACUCAAUAAUCGGAAACAACAACCUGUUGGUGACCAAUAUUUUGCAAAAGAGCAGCCUGGAGCAAUUUGCGAUGUCUCACGGACACAAAAAGCGAUUCUACACAAGUGCCCUCACAGGAAGCUUAACCUUAGCCUGAAUAGAUUCGCCUUCAUUAGAAGAUCACUGGAAAACAUUGUCUUUGUAGAAUCGAUACUGACCAAGGUUGACUUUCAGAGAUGUUCGGGUGAAAUGCUACCCUCGGUGUUGCGUUUGGUUGACCGUGAUGUGGUACAUCAACAGAAGUGUACCUUUGGGGACCACUACCUAAGACGGAGCCUCAAGUACCAUCAUGACCUUUUUAAACAGGAGCUUUCUCAUCUGGCUCGUGAAAUAAAAAAGAAUCGUAUUCUUGCAGCAGUUGAUUUCCGUAUUGUAAACUGUUUGGAAGAGCUCCUGUUGCUCUCCCACGGUAUCUUUGGGUUUAGCCUGGCGCUAAAAAUCGCGCCGGCGAUCCUCGGCGUUACCCGGGGCUCAAGUCACAAACCUGCGGGCAAUGUUGUACGUUAUGAUAUGUUAGGAUGCAGAAAUACAGAUAACGAAAAAUAUUGGCAGCAGCGUACAUCAUCUUCUGGGCGUGGUAAUGAUGCCAUGGGUAAUAGUAUGGCACGUAACGACUGUCAAUAUGAAGAGAAUGGUAACUUUUCCCGAAAUUCCAUAAAAUGCCACCGAGAUUCAAAUACGGGAAACUCCUUUGAAGGUCAUUCAGCGGCUGGGCGAACUUGGGAUAUUCGAGAUCAUAUUAAAGGUACUAUUUCGGGAGUACCACGCUCACCUUCAGAGGACAGGAAUUCAUUGAUCACUGAGUCUACGGAGUUGUCGAUUCUACUGCUUCAGAUUCUAAGUUGCUCUAAGUAUAUAGAGUUUUUGUGCGGGAAUGGCAUGUUUGCCUCGGCUAGAUGCGCCAUGCCAUCCGCAUCGCUAAUUGCAAGUCUAACCUUGCGAUUUAUUCUGGAUGUCUACGUAAGAAUCACCGACGAUAUGAUCGAGGGGAUGCUGGACAACAAACGGACACGAGAUUUGGACUGGAUAUUUUACAAAGAAGGUAUUUACAGCGUAUCGGACUACGCAAAACAACAUCAGCUAUUGGGAAGCGUGCUGGAACUGGAUAGUGGAUUCGACCGGAGUUCCUUGGGAGAGGCCUUCGAGGCACACCAUCGGCUAUACGAACAGAUGGUUAGCCUUCUUAUCAGCACAACAGCCCUUGACGCGUGUACAUUGCAAUGUGUCGAGGAAUUCAGGAGACGGAACGUAAACUGGAGUACGUUUGAUGAGGUAAAGGUGCGUUGUGUGAGUGCUGAACACGAGGUGGCGAUAAGCCGGGAGAUCAUGGACAUUUACUACCCAGAUAUCGGUAACAUUCGACCCUGUUUCAAUCCUUACAAGGCCAUUUUUACCCAGAAGUACUUCGUGGUUGUCAAGGACCUCAUCUACCGUGUGAAAGCGGCUUUGCUGCUCUCCUACAUGGACCACCGGCGCAAUAUUGCGCCUUGGUGUGUAUUGUUAUGCGAUCGCUUUGUCAAGAUGGGAGUCGUGCGUGGCGCGACCCUCGUUACGAAAGAGCGAUUGCUGAAACACCUGGAACUGGAUUCCUUAAGCUAUUUACGUAUAAUCGCAGUGCUUGGGAUCUUAUCGCAUACUUCUGUGACUCUUAGAGAUGAACGAAGUCUUAUGAUACAAGAGUCGCAAAUGUUGGAGUUGUUGGCCAAGGUUACUCAGGGUGGGAAGAUUGAGGUUGAUAAGGGUUUGGUGAAAAUAGACCCUGGGCGCAUUGUUGGAGGUACCAUACGGUUCCAAUGUUCAGCCGCUGUGCCUCUGUCGUAUUACUUGGAGCCGUUGAUCUACCUCUCUGUUUUCUCAUCCGAACCUUUUAACGUGACCCUGACAAGCCAGGGCGAAGGUGUCGAAGAGGAUAUGGUCAAUAAUUUCAGCCUCCUUGAGAGUUUCUGCUCCAGCGCCACAGUAGUGCUCCGCAAAAUCGGCUGUACUUCGGUUCAGUUUAAGUUUAAGGAGCCAUACGAGGUGGUGUUUACCAACACACCGCUCGUGCAGAUCGCACCAGUGGACUUCUCUUCCUGGAGCCGAGUAAAGAAAAUACGCGGUAGCGUUGUAGUACGUUGCCUACAGCCUAGCCUCGGAACAAACGUUAUUAACGGGUGUAAACAGGUGUUAAGCCAAGUAUGUGAUAACAUAUACAUUGACCUUGUAUCCCCCAAGGCUUCUAGUCAGCCGUAUAUAUCAGUGGCGUUGAUAGCAGAGGGACCAGGCGUAGUCUACACAGUAGAUCGCACUAUUCCGCCCAAAUAUACAACCACAGAGACCAAAAAGGUUGCCAUUAGUGGUAACACAAGUCUCUCCAAGAUUCUGGAGAUCGCCAAGAGGAAGCCUGAGAAUUCCGAUGAUACGGCUACCACCGCCGGAAGUGAUCCGGUUGGUAUACACGAGCGAUAUGAAGCUAUAGGCAGCAGCGUGGCACGUCGGCUGCUCGGGGAGAUAAGCCUGAAAGGUGUACUGGACACUACUCACCAGCACAUGCCAUUAAUUUUCAUGGCCAUGUCUGGCGAUUACCAGGUAUCUACAUUGCGCAUGGGCCGUAUGAACCGCUAUUCUAUUGAGUUUAUUCGCAAAAUCAAGCAGUUCCUGGGCGUCACGUUCGUAUUCGAGCAAGAGGACGAAUCCGUCUUACUGAAAUGUGUGGGAAACAGCUUCCACAACAGCGGAAUAACGACAUUCUAA